AUGGAGGUGUCUCCACGUGCAGGCUCCAGGCUGAGCUGCCUGGAGGGCAUCUGCAGGGUGGGCUUUGCCAAUCGUGAUGGGCACUGCCAUGGGUGCUGUCCCCUCCCUGACACCUGGGGGCGGCUCCCCGACCCCACCCUGACCCCGGGUCUGAGCCCCUAGCCCGCACUCCAUGCUGUCUCCCUGCAGAUGCUGCUGCUGCUCUUCCUGGCCAUCUUCUCCCUGGGGAGCUGCAGCUCCGGGAGCCCCGCGCCCGUCCCCGAGAAUGACCUGCUGGGCAUCGUGUGGGGCCACAACGUCCCCCAGGGGACGUGGCCGUGGCAGGUCAGCCUGAGGAUCUACAACUACCACUGGGCGUCCUGGGUGCACAUCUGCAGGGGCUCCCUCAUCCACCCCCAGUGGGUGCUGACCGCCGCCCACUGCAUCUUCCGGAAGGACACUGACUCGUCCACCUACCGGAUCCACGCCGGGGACGUGUAUCUCUACGGGGGCCGGGAGCUGCUGAAUGUCAGCCGGGUCAUCGUCCACCCCGAUUUCUCCGUCUUCUUCCUGGGGGGAGAUAUCGCCCUGCUGAAGCUGGCCACCAGCGUGAGGACAACAAAAACCCUCGCGCCGGUCGCCCUGCCGUCAGCGUCCCUGGGACUCACUGGAAGUGACAACUGCUGGGCCACAGGCUGGGGAAGGGUCGGCUUGUUCGAUACGCUGCCGCCUCCUUACCGCCUGCAGCAGGUGAAGGUCCCCACGCUGAGCAACGCAGACUGCGAGCAGCGGAUCCACGACGCUUUUCCUGGCGCUGGAGACAGAAAGUUCAUCCAGGACGACAUGAUCUGUGCUGGCCGCACCAGCCGCCACACUUGGAAGGGCAACUCAGGCGGCCCCCUGGUCUGCAAGAAAAGCGGUACCUGGCUCCAGGCCGGAGUGGUGAGCUGGGGAUUUUUCAGCGAUCGGCCCAGCAUUGGUGUCUACACGAGAGUCCAGACCUACAUGCCCUGGAUCCUGCAGCAAAUGCAUCUCUAAGCCCCCAGCCCCCCAGCUCCCCAGGGAUCCAGCUUCCUCCCCCAGGCCCCUCCGCUCCCUUGCCCCUCAGUCCCUUCCACCUUUUCAG